AUGGAUAACAGCAAACAUGGGAGUGAGCUUCAAAUAGUAGCAAAUCACAGGCUUGCAGCAGGGGUGUAUGGAAGGAAUGAAAUGUCUGAUGAGGGGUGUCAAAUUUCCAGAGCAAUAGUUUUGGAUAACACAAUGGCCACUACAGCCAAGAAGUACUUCUUCAAAGUCUUCUUUCCAGAGAAACACACUGAAAAAAUAGUUAUCCCUAGUUCUUUUGUGAAGUCUACACGCUUAGGAAGAAGGAGGAUCCCCGAGGAUGUGAUCCUCAGAAAUGUUAGUGGGAGAGUUUGGUGUGUCAAAACUCGUCUCAUUGGACACAAAAUCUACUUUCAAGAGGGUUGGAAGGUUUUCCAAGAAGAAAACUGUAUAGGAAAAGAAGAUUUUCUACUUUUUAAGCAUGAUGGGACCAAUGUAUUCAAGGUGGUAAUUCUUGAACAAUCAUCACGGUGUGAAAGGAACGAAGUUGAAGAAAAUGAGGUGAUAGAUAUCACCGAAGAGGAAGAGCGUGAACAAACUGAGGACGAGGAUGAGUGUUUUGACGAUGAAAACAGCUAUGAUAAUUGUACACAAAUGGAAGAAGAGAGUGAAAAAGAACACAUGAGGAGUCAAAGUAAUCGUAGUAGAGCCAGCAACACAACAAGUUCCACCCCCAAAGGUCCUCAUCUUGAAGACUAUGAAUUUGAUCCACAAAUGUACAUUCAGCCGGAAAAUCCAUACUUUGAAGCAAAACUGUAUAAAAAUAGACCCAACGAAUUGCAUGUUCCAGCAAAUGUAUUUAAAGAUUUAUCCCUUACUUUUCCACAAGAGAUCACCCUUUCACGUUGUCUAUGCUUCCAAAGCGAGGAUAUUCAAAGCAAUGAAUUACGACAAAAUCAUUUCGGCUUGUCACAACAGACACCAAUGUAUUCGGAAGUAACAAAGGUGUCUGAGUGGCAAGAUGGUCGAGUAUGCCUUAAAGGGUGGGCAAACUUUUGUACAAAGAACAAGAUCAAAGAAAAUGAUGCAUGCAUCUGUGAAAUUGUAUCAGGGGAAGACAGAAUAGUAAGAAAAUUUUGGGUGCACGUGCUUGGUGCUACGAACGGAUGA